UUGCUACAAGACCUGCUCCAGCCCCCGACGUCGCCUGGACACGGUGAGCUGACACAGCCGCUGCAGAAAGUGGACGGAGACCGUGAACGAGGUGAUCACGAGAUCGAGAGGCGAUGGGCGAUAAGUCGUGUAAGGUCACGACUGAGGAGUGGUGCUGGAGAGGAAGCCAGCGUGACGAGCCGGGCGGGGCGCACGGUGGGCGAGGUGGGCGCGGUGGGCGAAGUGGGCGCGGUGGGCGCGGUAGGCGUGCUCAUACACCGCUAUUGGACGGUGAGAGCGCGUGGCACCUUUCGUUUUAGAACAAUGGCGUUUGAACAAUGUAACCCGAGCCAGCGCCGCUCUCUGAUGGGCUCGCUCCAUCGGCCACAUUCAACAAAGAAGUUUCGGUUACGUGAACCUCUGUGUUUACUUUCAGCUGCCAUUGUAACUCACCAGCCAUCUCUCAUCGCGAGUGAGCCUCACGUCGAAUAUAAGUACAUUAAAACAGAAUCCCCGCUAGUAAUAUACCUUUUCAUUAUCUAUGUUACUCUCAGCGGACCGCUACAUUGUUAUAGAUCGCUACCUCAAACUAUAUUUUAUCUCCCGGCGCCGCCCGUCCAGCGUCACCUUACUCCGAUCACGACCCUGUUCCCUUCCCUACCGCCUCUCUAUACCUCACUCUGA